CAUUGGCUAAUUUAGUAUUAAUUUCUGCGUAAAAAUUUCUAGCGGGUGACCUUUAUAAAUCACAAAAUCAAAUUCAUAAUAAAAAAGUUUAAAAAUGGGUGGAGCAAAUUUAGAACUCUUUAAGUUUAGUGUCUAUAUCUUUUUCCCAAUAGCUACGAUGUAUUAUUUUGGUGCUCCUGAAUUUUAUGAUAGCCAUGUAAAACAGAUCAAAUUCUGGCCAGAAAAAACAAAUCGUCCCCCUACUACUCGAGAUGAGAUUUUAAUUGAAAUAGAAAAAUUAAAGGCAAAGAAAAAGAUACGUGAAACUCGUGUAGAAAAUUCAAACAUCGUGUAGUAACUGUACGAUUAAUGUAAAUAUUUUAAUGCAACGCGUACUAAAAUAUAAAUACAAGAAUUAUCCUUAUUUCCCGAUUAUUUCCUAACAUCAAUUAUAGUUAAAAGAUGUGGUGUAUUGGGCAUUUGUACAUAUCCUUUCAUUCCCCCACUACUUUCAUUUCUUCCUCCUGAAGCAUUUUGAUCAUCAUACUUUACUGUUAAACGCCAUCGAUUUAUAUCAUAUACCCCAGAUCUAUUAAAACAUGCUUUAACCACGAACGUUUGUUCUUCAUUAGCUGAUAAUGUAGCAUAUUUAAGUGUGGAUCCCAUCCAAUGAAAUAUCAUCGGUGUUAUAACUUUGUGAAAUGCAUUGCUAAGGGAGAGAAAGCCUAUAUUAAUAAAUUUUUAUUUAGCAUUCGGUUGAUACUCUUUAUUACCUUCUGUUUGUUUCAUGUUGAUCAGGUGAAAUCAUCUCUA